AGCAGACGACUGUGAGAUUAUUGUCUUUGUUGAUGUUUUGGUGUGAAUCAUUUCCUUUGAAUUCUAUACCCUUUGUCCUAUCGAGUUUUGUCCCCAACUUUAUCAUUUCCUUUAGUUUCAAAAUCCGUUGAUGCUUAUUUAAGCUGCCCAGGGAAAACCUAGGUCUGUUGUGAUCAUUGCGAUGCAUCACAUGACAUUGAUGCAAGAAGGCCCGAUUAAUACUCUUGCCCUCAAUCGAGACUGCAAUAAAGUUGUCGUUACCGGCAGAAAUGUUUUCAAGGUUUGUGAAAUCAAAGACACAGGUUUUGUUGAAAGAGACAAUAUCCGAACAGGAAAGAAUUCCAAUCUAAAUUUUUCUUGCAAUGAUGCCUCUUGGAAUCCAGUUGAUGAGCAAUGGCUGGCCACUGCUGCCACUAAUGGAGCUGUUGUCUUAUGGAACAUUCAGAAAUCUAUUAAGCUCAAACAGGAAACAGUUUAUAAUGAUCAUAAAAGGACAGUUAACAAGGUGACUUUUCAUGGCUCAGAACAGAACAUGUUACUUUCAGGAAGUCAGGAUGGGACUAUGAAGUAUUUUGAUAUCAGAAUGAAAGCUGCAGUCAUGACAUUUGUCAGCAACGCAGAGAGUGUACGAGAUGUGCAGUUUAAUCCAUACCAGUGUUUUAGUUUCGCCGCUGUUUCAGAGAACGGCACCGUUCAGUUGUGGGAUCUCCGGCGCCAAGACCGAUCUGAGAAACAGUUUACAGCACACAGUGGACCCGUUUUCGCUUGCGAUUGGCAUCCUGAAAACAAAUCGUGGCUCGCCACAGCCGGUAGAGACAAAGCCGUCAAGGUUUGGGAUUUGGGUUACCGACCAGUGUUGGAAUACACGGUAACAACAAUGGCUUCAGUGGGCCGUAUUAAAUGGCGCCCUCAAAGGAUGCAUCAUAUCGCCAGCUGUGCACUUGUUAUCGACAGUGUGAUCCACGUGUGGGACGUUCGUCGGCCUUAUAUCCCGCACGCUUCUUUUAACGAUCAUAAAGACAUCACAACUGGUAUUGCUUGGAGAGGUUCUCCGGACGUUCUACUUUCAACUAGCAAAGACUCUUAUCUCAUCCAACACGUUAUUGCUGAUGCUGAAAGGCCAAUGGAAAAGGCCAAUCCCAUUUGUGUCACUUAUAAUUCUAAAGGAAGUUUGACAUUGGCAGCAGUUGAUAAGAACUCCAAAAAGAGUAAAAUUCUGACACUACCCAGAAAAUCUAAGUCUGAGUCUGAAGACUAUCCGGCCGUCCGGUGCUCUAUUUACGUUUUUGAGAACGAGAAACCCACACCUGCGCAAGUGUUUCGGGAUUGCGCACGACAUUACUGGCUGCAGACAACGACGGGAAAAUCUUUGGGUGAAAUUUGUGAUCAUAAUGCAGUCGUGGCAUCAAACGCUGGUCGGAUUCAAAUCGCCACGAUAUGGCGAGUUGUCAAACUUCUGUUUGGUUUUUCCGGUUUGGAAUUGACUUCAACUUCCGCGGUGGCGUCAGUCGGUUCCAAUCGACCGACAACCGUCAGCAGAGAAGAAUCAGAGCCAGGUGAUUCCGGUAUCAAAGACGCUUCAACUCGACCCAGCACUAGACACCAGUCCGGAAAUGUCUCAUUUCCCAAUCAGCAGGCAACACAACAGUCUGAAACUUUGGUAAAUGGAAGUGGAUCUAAUAACAGUAAUAGCGCCCCAACGUCCAACAGUAACGAACGCGGAGUAUCGGACACUUCUGGAGGUGUCAGCGAAGAAGCCGAAUCCGAGGUGGAAGACAUUGAUUCUCAGGUCAUGCUGUCUCAUAUUGCGAGCGGUUCUCACUUUAAUACGAGCGAUUUUUUCUUCGGGGAUGCCGAAGCCGAUGUGUUAAAUGACUUUAAUGGAACUUCAGACUCUGUGCAAGGCAGGAAAAUUAGUGGAGAUACUGACCAGCAGCAGCAGCAACAACAGCAACAGUCGAAUCAGAUGGAUUGGAUUUUACCUAGUGAAGCCUUUCAGCUUCGUCACGAAAUCAAAGAUCGGUCUCCACCUCCGGAACACUUUCCCAGUCGCUGCUUUGCUGGAACUCGUAUUGAAGCUCAGAUGGUAGAGGUAGAAGACACGACGUCGGCUCUUUUGUGUUUACCGGGAUCGUCCAGUAGUCUCGGCACGACCUGCUGGAGUGGCGUCUCUAACGCUGUAGAGAUGGUUUAUCACAUGGCCGAAGACGGUGAUGUCCAAACAGCCGUUUCGCUAAUUUUAGUUUUAGGAGAUCGAAUUCGUCACAUGUUAAAUGAGUCAGCCGUAGAGCAUUGGAUUCUCGCUUACAUUGACUCCCUUAGCAGAUGUCGGUUAUGGAAUACUGCGGCCCUGGUAGUCAAAUUGUCGCAGUGCGAAAGUGUCCAGUUGAGAUUCGACGUAUACCCGACCCAUUGCAAUUUAUGCAGUCGGGCCUUGCAGCGUCGUGGUUGGCUAUGUGAUUCGUGCAAGACCAUCACCAAUACUUGUUCGCUGUGCCAUUUGGUCGUUCGAGGCCUCUACGUUUGGUGUCGAGGUUGCUCUCAUGGAGGCCAUUUACUUCACAUACGCGAAUGGUUCUCCCGGAAUAGCGCCUGUCCCACUGGUUGUGGUCAUGUCUGUGAGUUUGACUGAAAUUUUUACAACGACAAUGUUCAUACAUAACAAUGAUAUAAAAUUUGAUAAUAAUGUCCAGAUUCUGGUUUCGGUAAAUAAAGAUAUGUACCGUUGAACCUUA